GGAUUCUGAGAACCUUUGCGACCCUCAGCUUUUCAGGACUGGUAUUAGGACCUUGGAUUGGCAGAUGGAGCAGGGAGAAGGCAGUCCCAACGCCUGGAGGGAGGAGUUCCCUGAGAGAUGGCAGAUGAAUCUUCCCAUGUUGGAGAGGCAAACUGCAGUGAGCAGGUGAGAAGAAGCCAAGUUUCUGGUUCACAUUCACAACUCCAGAGACAUUUCAUCCAGAGAGUAAUGUUGCUGAGAAAGCUGCCCACCAGAUUUGUCUUCCAUCGGGAAAAGAAGCAGAAAGUUGCUGCUAUACUGGGGAUUGACCAAGAAGCCAUGACGUCUCUUCCAGAGGGAGACUUAGACCAUUGCCUGCUGAGUAAGGUAGACCUGAGGCGACAGCAGAUUUCUCAGACUGUGGAGGAGGUACAGAAAAUCAUCCACCUCCUGACUGCAGAAAUCAGCCACCAGGACAGUCGAUUCGAAGCCGUGCCUGCCUCUGACACAUACAAUGACAGCAUUAAGGUUUUGGCCCCCAGCCUCUUCCAUGUCACCGUCCCACUGAAAGGCCUUGCAGGGUACAAGGGGGCCCGGACGCAGCGCUGGCGGUACUACAACUUGCAGGGCACCAAGCUCACCUGCCCUUUGCGGGACCCCGAAGGCCUGCAGCAGUGGCUGGAGACUGAGAUGUUCAUGAAGACCCUGUGGCAGUGGCACAAGGCAGAUGUGAACAUUGAGGGGGACAUCGUGCCAGCCAAAGUCCUCAAGGUGUUCCGGACCCUGGUGGAAAAUGCAGUGAGAACCUGUCACCUCUCAGGCAAAGUCACUGUGCUAGAAAAACGCACUACUGUUUGGGUUGCUGUGGAAACGUCCACAGGUCAGGUGGAGCUGGAGCUGGCCCCCACUGUGGAGAUCCCCACCACCUGGCCUGAAAAAGCCCAGUGGCCUCGGUGUCUGAAGCGGUGGCCUUCCCCAGAGAGAGUGGAGUGUAUCAAGUCAUUUGGGUUUAACUUGGUGGCCCAGUCCAGCUAUCACUGGCAGCUGAGUUUCUCCCAGGCCGAGCAGAUGUUGUUUGAGCAGCUGGAUGAAGAUGGAGGCUGCCGCAGGCAAUGUUUUCAGGUCCUGAGGCAGCUGAAGGAGGAUGUGUGGUGUCCAGGGAGGAGGCCGGUCAUCACCACCCACCACCUGCAGACCGUGCUCUUCUGGACUUGUGAGAAAUACCCCCACCUCAAGGAUUGGCAGGUCUUCCAGCGGGCACUCCUGCGUCUGGUUCGGAAGCUGCACAGAUGUGUGAGCCAGCACUUCCUGAAGCACUAUUUUGUUCCAAAGGGCAACCUCCUUCAGUCAGCUAACCCAAGUGAGCUGGAUGCUGUGGCCCAGAAAAUGGCCUUUUUCCUAAAGAAUCCACAGGUCGAGUUGCCCUGAGAUGGCCCAAGGAAUCCUUGCUUCAUUCCUUCCUGCUUGACUUUGUUCUCAGGGUGGUUCCUCUGUCAGCUGCCAGGAUCCUAUGCUAGAGAAUGGCUGCCAAUGACAGAGAGAAUGAAUCAGGCCAUCAGCUAGCUCAUCAGAGACAAAAACUACUCCUGCCCCAAGCCACACAAGCAUUUCAUCUUCCCUACCUCUUGUGGGGACAGCUUCCCCAGUGGCUGAUUUUCCUUGCUCAAGAGAUGGACUCAGGGCAGGCCAGACAUUAGCCUGCUGCUGGCGAAUUCUCCAGGUGGCUGGACCAGAACCCAUACGAUGACAGACAGCUCACUGGUGGCUGGUGUCCUUUAUAAGUCUCUGUGCUCCAACUCCAAGCAGAGGCCAGUGGUCCAGGCUCCGGAGCUGUUCUCCUGUUCCUCUCUCAAGUGUGGGGAGUCAUCGUGAGGCUUAGGGAAAAUCCCAGAGAAGGAUGCAGCUGGAACUCUCUCUACCUGUCACCUGACUCCAGUUACACCCCUCUCUGCCACAGUCAAGCCUAGAACUCGAACCCAUUUCAGGAGUGAGCUCUGUGUUGUGGCUCUGCGUGAAUCCACCUCCAUGUCCUUCACAUCCGGAUGUUAGCGCAACCCAUUCGCUCACUCGCUGACACAUAAAUACUGAGACUACAGGAAUGAGCAAGACAGACUCAGUGGAGAAGACAGGAAGCAAACAGCAGACCGGUAAACUCUGUCACCACACACAGCUUAAGGAGUGAGGGAGAGAGUGUGGACAGCUGAGAGAGGCCACCAUGGUGACCUCAGGCAGGCUGGGAUGGGCCGGCAUCUCUGGCUGUGAGAAGCUGGGCUGGAAUCGGUACUAUUGUGUCCUGGGAUCAAAGGUGCAACAUUUACCUCCAACAAGAAGAAAGACUUUGUGGUCUGAAGCACAUUACAGAUGGUGGCUUUGGUGACCGUGUCAGGAGGGACUCGGUGGGCCCUACUCUUCCUCCUUCAGAGAAUACCGAACCCUACAGCAGCACUCAUCUGCAGUCUGGAGACAGUGAUCUUAGAGCAAAUGGCUUCCUCUGGCAUUUUCUUAAUGCUUCUCAACUUCAGGGAAUCCUUUAUGAAUUUUGAACAUUCUUCCCAAAUUUGCUUAACAAAGUAAUAUUCUUAAAGACACAAACAUGCCUUUGGAGGCUUUGAAGAAACCCCCAUGGGGAAGACUGAGCCCCAGGCCGUUGACGUGUUGAGCAUGCGCCCUGCCAAUGAGCUGCACUGACCUUUUAUUUAGA